AUGAGUUUUCUCAGUGAACUAGUAAAGAAAAAAGAUAAAUUAAAAGUAACAGAUACAGUUGUAACUAAAAUAGAUGGUCAAAGAUAUGUAGAGAGAGGUGGUGAUGCGAAAAACGUUGAAAAACUUACACCGUGCUAUGGUUUCGUUGUAGAUACAAAACCGGACAAUGUUCCUGUAUUAGUCAUAGACAAUUUGUACAUAGGAUCACAGGAUUGCGCUUCGGACAGUGUGAUAGAUGUUAAUAACAUUAAACAUGUACUUAGUUUAGGUGUAAAUGUAUAUGUAAAUGUAAACCACAAAUAUAUAGAUUGUUUAGACUUGCCUGAAACAGACAUAAAAUGUGUGUUGAGAGAAGGUAUACCAUUCAUAAAGGAGGCUGUUGAUAAGAAAGAAAAUAUAUUAAUACACUGCAACGCAGGCGUGUCUCGGACUUCAAUGAUGGCUAUAGGAUACUUGAUGCAUUGUGAAAAUAUGCAGUUUGAGGAUGCAUACAUAUUGGUGAAAGAGAAACGGCCCGCUGUACAACCUAAUGAUGGGUUUAGGAAACAAUUGAUGGCACUAAAUCCGGGCCAGGUGAUUUAGUGUCGUGUCUAUCGACACGUGUUUGACCGUCGUUUCGUCGAACGGUAUUUCGUUGGGAAUACUGAAAAUUUCAGUAUUUCCAGAGGUACUAAUUAAAAUUCUAAAUAUCUUUUGCUCUUUGCAUAAUUUAAGUUUAAAUUUUAUUACUACAAGAUCCAUUGGAACAGGAGAUCGUGCGAUCAGGAUUCGUGCGAGCGAAGCCGCGGGUGUCGGCUAUUAAUUAAAAAAAGAACACUGUUUAUCAACAGAACUAUUUAUUAAACAAUAAAUAAAGCAAUUUUAAGUACCGGGUGCCAAAAGUGUAUAUAUAAUUAAUAUAAUUUAAAGUGAUGUUACAUAUCACAAUAUUAUAUGGAAGCACAAAUGAAUUACAGACAGUAUUUGUUAUGUAGCACCAAAUUCAUAAGUUUUCUGAAGCUAAAGCUAUACUUAAACUUAAUCAACAUUUUAUAAAUAUCAUUCUAUCUGUACAAUGGCAUAUUUAUAAUAAACAUCGAGUAUGUUUCAUUUCAAAUUUGGUUAAAAGCAUUAGAUUGUUAUAUUUUACUUCAAAAUUAUUAUUUGUUAUGAUGUUGGCUGUUACCAAAUUAGAAAUUGGUUUCACGUGCAUCUAUCCGUGAAUAGAAAACGUUUAGUGCACUACCAAUAAACAUCAAAGUAUCUACUAUAA